AUGACCCCCGUGAUCUUCCAACCGUUGAUUGAUCGCAAUUUUGGCGAAAUUGUGAAUAGCGAUGACGAUGACGAAGACGAUGACGAUGAUGACAGUGAUAUCGAAAACGAAGAGUCUACAGACUACGAAUACAUGAAUGAUCUAAAACAACCGUACCCACAGCAGUUCGACAAAAUAGGAUGCUUCAGAGGCGAAGCAGUUCUACAUCUCAAAGAGGACGCAAACCCAUUAAUAGAUGCUUCUCGAAGAUGCAGCGUGCACAUCAAGCAGAAAAUGAAGAAAGAGCUAGAUGAAAUGGAAAAACAAGGUAUCAUUCGAAAGAUACAACAUCACACAGAUUGGUACAGUUCCAUAACGAGUGUGCUCAAGAAAGACGGAUCAACCAGAAUAUGCAUUGACAGUCCCUAA